CGCAACCAUCCCGCAAACUCAAUUGAACCUGCAACAUGGCCUCCCGCGUGCUUAGAAUUGGCCUCAUCCCCGGUGACGGUAUCGGUCGCGAAGUCAUCCCCGCCGGCCGCCGAAUCCUCGAAGCCCUACCGUCGUCGCUCGGGCUCAAGUUCGAGUUCUGCGACCUGCACGCGGGCUUCGGGACCUUCGAGAAGACCGGCGUCGCCCUGCCCGACCGCACCGUCGAUGUCCUGCGCAACGAGUGCGACGGCGCCCUCUUCGGCGCCGUGUCCUCGCCCUCGAAAGCCGUCAAGGGCUACUCCUCUCCCAUCGUCGCCCUGCGCAAGAAGCUCGACCUCUACGCCAACGUGCGCCCCGUCAAGACCGUCCGCACCGCCGCCAAGCCCAUCGAUAUGGUCAUCGUCCGCGAGAACACCGAGGACUUGUACGUGAAGGAGGAGCGCACGAUCGAACGCCCCGAUAGCGAGGGCGGCAAGUACGCAGAGGCUAUCAAGCGCAUCUCCGAGCGCGCGUCUAGCCGUAUCGCUACCAUAGCGGGUGAGAUUGCUCUUCGCCGACAGAAGAUCCGCGACUCAUCCCCUUCCUUGUCUAUCCACUCUCGCCCUCUCGUCACCAUAACCCACAAAUCCAACGUCCUAUCUCAGACCGACGGCCUCUUCCGCACCGCGUCCCGCGCCGCUCUUUCCGUGCCUCGCUUCGCCUCCGCCGUCACGAUCGAAGAGCAGAUCGUUGACAGCAUGGUGUACAAGCUCUUCCGGCAGCCCGAAGCCUACGACGUCAUCGUCGCCCCGAACCUGUACGGCGACAUCCUGUCCGACGGCGCCGCGGCGCUCGUCGGUUCCCUGGGCCUGGUCCCCUCGGCCAACGUCGGAGAGGGCUUCGCGAUCGGCGAGCCGUGCCACGGCAGCGCGCCCGACAUCGAGGGCAAGGGCAUCGCCAACCCGAUCGCCACGCUACGCAGCACCGCGCUCAUGCUCGAGUUCCUGGACGAGCAGGACGCCGCGGCCAUGAUCUACGCCGCCGUCGACGCCAACCUCGAGGAAGGAAAGCUGCUGACGCCCGACCUGGGCGGCAAGGCCACGACCGAGGAGGUCGUGCAGGAUAUCCUUAACAGACUGUAGGUAUAUCCUGUACGCCAAGUCGUGUCUCCUAACAGGUCCUCGUUAUCUGUAGGGACCCACCUACCUACCUGCCUAACCUAAGGUAUAUAUACGGUUAGCAAGCGUGAGCGUUGGUCAUGUUAAAUACCUAUGAAAUGAAGAAUAUGAAAAGGAGAAGAGAAAAAAAAGGGGGGGUUAUAGAAAAGUAGGAAUCAAAGAGCAGACCAAAAAAGUUAUGACCUAGACUCAAAUGAUACUAAUCAAAAGAUUUCCAAUUGCAGUACAUACAUACCUACCUAGGUACCUCUAUAUCAUAAAAAGAAUUAAGUCGACCC